AUGGAGCAAUAUAAUGUUAUACAGACAAAAGCAAAGCGGGUGCGUUCCAACCGAACCAGAAAGUGGCUGUUUGAAGAAGAAAAGCCGUUGAUUGAAUUUUUGACACAGAACAGGGAUUUUGAGAAGCCAACGUCUCAAAUGUAUUAUAGGCGAUUUUCAAAGGAGAGCAACAUUGCGGUGGACUGGAAGCUGACAAGCUCGAAGGUUCGUUAUAUGCGUACAACAUAUAACAAAGCAAAAGCAUGGGAAGGCUCGACGAGUGCAGGUAGUAUGGAAGGCGAAACUAUGAAGGGUAAGAUUUUGUUUAUGAAAUGGAACAAAUUUUCGCGUCUUCCUCGGCUGUAUGCGAAGGCGAAUGCAUAA